GUGUUUUGUUGGGUCAGACCUUGACUCCGGCAGAUCGAGCUGCAGGCCAGCACUCCAGUUGAAGCCAUAAAUACAGAGGCGCAGCGGCGGGCUGCAGUUGAGUCGCUGCUGCUUUGAGCGGACUGAAGGCUGCAGAGAUGGACUUGGGAGUGGGACUGAGGAUCUUGCUGAUUUUCCUUCAAGCGGAGCGUCUGUACUCGUGGGCCCCGGCAGAGCAAACGCCCCUCAGUGGCGGGAGACAGGUCCGCUUCUAUCAGCAGGAAGGCAGGCUGAGGACUCUGGGGGGUCCUCCUCCUCAGAAACAAGUCUUCUCUCCUCGCUCAGCUCAGAGCAGCAGCUUCAACUCACAGAUUCAACACAGUCCGAGCAGGACGCUCCACACCGGCUCCUCCAGGCUUCCAGCUGCACCCAAGUUCAGCCACACCGGCGGUGGAGCACCUGUGAAGAAGGAGCAGAAGGUGGUUAAAGGAGCUGGUCCAGCUCAGACUGGAGUGCACGGCUUCUCCUUCAGCACUGCUGCUCGCUCCGGACCGCAGAAGAUCCCUGGCUCCUACAAAGAUCCCAUCGGCUCGUCCGCUUCCCUCUUCAGCCCGGUCGGGCCUGCUCCGCGGGGGAGCCAGGUCCGGAUGCAGACGUAUGCUCGAGCUCCGGCUAAAAAAGUCUCUUUGAACAAUGAACCCAAAGCGUCGAGGCUGCCCUUCGGGAGCCAACACGUGAGCCAGAAGUUCCCUGCAGGAGGCUACAAACCCAAGUUCAGCACAGCGCAGCAGACAGCGCCGGGCUUCGCUCCAGCAAAGGUCGUGGAGAUCCCGGAGUCUCUCGGUGGCUGGGCCAUCAGGCGGCUUGGAGACUCUACAAACCAGAACCAGGUGGAGGUCCAGAAACCCCAGCUGAAGCCUGCACCUCCUCCCCCUCCUCCUCCUAAAGAACAGAUGGAAACUUACAAGCUGAAGAGCCCCAGUCUUCAUCCAGCAUCCAAGUGGAGCAGAGUGAAGAUCCGGUCCAGACUGUAGUUCUGUACAGAUCAUUGUUUUCUAAGUGUGUUCGGAAAUACAUCAACGUCCUGAAGCUUUUGUAUUUUAAAAAAGAACGUUAAAUAAAAAAUCUUUUGUCUUU